AUGAUUGAAAAUAUGAUGAAAAGUCAAUCAUUGAAUAAUACAAAAAAACGUCAAAUUCAUAAAAAAUAUGGGGAAAAUCCAAGAGAAAUACUCGAGGAAUACCCCAAAUUUAUGCUUCAUCUAGAAACUGAUGUUCAAAAUAAUUACACUUUACAGAGUACUGAUAUUCACCCUGAAAAAGAUUCUGAUAAGACGCAUGAUCAUACAUCUAUUGAUUCAAAUGAGAUUAUAAAUUUUAAUGCGUCUAAGCAUUUCAUCAGAAAUUCCAAUACAUUAUCUACAUGCGCUUCACUGGUACCUAAUCAGUCAUAUAUAGAUGGAAAUAUGACAGGAUGUUUUCUAAAUACAUGGCCUUCAAUAUUCUUAUUUAACCAACUGAUGUAUGGUCCACAAUAUUGUACUCAAUUACAAGGAUCCUCAGACUCCGCAAUGUACACUCCAUUUUCAUCUGACUGUAUUCUGAAUUCAAAUAAUUUACAAAGAGGAACAAGUAUAACUAAUCAAAUUGAUACAAAAGUGACUAAUGUUAAUUUAAUUAGUGGUAUCACUGAAAAAUCCUCUUAUGUAAGUCAAAAGGACUUAUUUCAAUCCUCACUAAUCACGUCCAUUUCAGCAUCACAAUAG